AUGAAAGAAUUCGUCUAUCUAUUCGCCAUGAUAGUCACGCUGAUAAUCGUCACCCUCUCUUGCUCCAAGAAGAAGCCUCCAGAAUCUUCUAAACCUGUGGAACCGGCUCCUUUGAGCUCUCCAAUACCCAAACCUUCGCAAGCAGGACCAAUGAGGACUAGAAGUCGUCGGAGAAGAGGAAGAUACCCUCUGACUGAAAUGGAAGACGUCUUCCAGAAUGAAGAAGAUGUGAAAAAAGAGGAGAAGAAGGAGAUGGGGGAUGAGAAUGAGGGAUGGAUCAGGGAAGAGGAUUAUUUGGCGAGGAUGAAAAAGGAAGGAAAGAAGAGGGUGGAACCAGAGGACCAUAGGAUAAUUGAGAAGUUUGAUGGAGAGGGGAAGAAGUCGGGGAGAUCUAGAAAAUCAAAAAAAUCAAAAAAAUCAAAAAAAUCGGAGAAGAAGGUGAAGCUGAUCCCUAUGCCACCAAUGGCCAAAGAACAAUUAAUAACAAAUGGCCCGAAAACUGAUAACGAUUAUCCACUUCCUGACAUUAAGAGUGAUUGGGGGUCGGAGGAUGAGAAGAAAAUGGAAGCCGAGGAGGAGAAGAAGGAUGGCGACUCUUCAGGAGAUUUCUGA